AUGCUGUCAAUAAGAAAAAGUAACGUUUAUGAUUUACUGUCAAUGCAAGAAUGUAAUAGUAUAAAUUUACCAGAAAAUUACAGUAUGAGAUAUUAUUUCUAUCAUGCCUUGUCAUGGCCUUCUUUAAGUCAAAUAGCAGAGGAUGGGAAAGGUAAAGUUUGUGGAUAUACAUUAGGAAAACUAGAAGAAGAAAAUGAGAAGAAGGGACAUUUAACUUCAGUUGCUGUUUUAAAAACUUAUAGAAAGCAAAAGCUAGCCUUUUAUUUAAUAACCCAAACACACCAAUAUGUGAAUGACAUUUAUAAUGUUGAUAAUAUUUGCUUACAUGUUCGAAUAAGUAAUAGUGCCGCAUUAAAUUUAUAUUACAACUUAUUAAAUUACAAAGUUAAAGGAACAGAGCCGCUGUAUUAUGGAAACAAAGAAGAUGCUUAUUUAAUGGAGUAUGUUUUUGCAAAAUAA